AGGCCAGCGCCAUUGGCUCCCGGUGUCCACGAGGCACCUAAGGCUCCAACGGCCUCGGAAACCUCCAAAAAAAUGAAAAAGAAAGUAGUGAAGGUCCCCAAGGUGCCGAAGUCAACUGCAGGAAGUUCAGCGGUUGAAAAGGCGCAGGCAACGGAAGCUCCAGUAGCGCCGUCUACACAGCCAAAAAAGAUGAAAGUGAAGGUAUCAUCGAAGGUGCGUGAGAACACGGAAAGUGAAGCAGUGCAAGAGGAAAAUGUGACCGAUGCGAAACCGAAGCGAGUGCGAAAGAAGUUGGUAAAGAAAAGUACGAAGGACUCGAUCUCGACAGCGAAUCAACAGCAAUGAGGAUCAAAGAUAAUUGGAGGUUUGGAGCCAGUUCAGGG